AUGAACUCCGCACUCUCACCAUCGGAGAUCAAUCCGUCCACCGUCCACCAAUACUGCCAACGGAUCAAAAAGAUAUCAGAUCUUUUGACCAACCUCGAUGCAUCUGUAUCUGAGAGAGCUUUAGUUAUGCAUACACUUAAUGGCCUUUCUGACAAGUUCGAUAACAUUGUUAAUGUUAUUCAACACCAGAAACCUUUUCCAUCUUUUGAUGAAGCAAGAUCGAUGUUAUCCCUUGAAGAACAACGUCUUCUCCGACAUCGUCGUCCUGAGCCGACUCAUAGGGAUAAUGGCUCUGCCCCCACUGUCCUCUUCACCGGAUCUCAUCCAAAUCAAGCUACGAUGCAUUCACAACCAUCAUAUCAUCACCGCAACCGAUCACGAGGACGAGGAAAUAGAGGCAAUCGGGGGCAUCGCAAUAACGCUCAAAGCUGGAACGUCGGGUCUUCACCGACACAGUGGAAAUCACACCACCCGCCGUCAUCUUCGAUGCAAUGGAAUCCUCCACAUCCUAUUCACUCAUACAUGCCACCGUGGAAUCCCACAGGAUAUCCAUCACAUAUCCCUUGGCAGUCUCCUUAUGGUGGACCCUAUUCACCAUACCCAUAUAUCCCCAGUGGCAUCGUCGCUUCUUCUGGUUUCUCCUCUGGUGUCACAUCGCCAACACCGACCUCAUCGCCACAGACGGCUCUUGUGACUCAAACCCAACCUACAGUACCGGAUAAUGGCUCGAUACCCACUUCAUUUACACCUCCGCCAGGUCUUAUCCAAGCGUUUAAUGCGACGCACAUCUCUGAUCCCGCCGACGCAUCGUGGUACAUGGACACUGGUGCCACCACACACCUGACAUCGCAACCAGGAUCGACGAACACAAAUGGUACUGCUCCGAUGUGA